UGCUGGCUGGCUGCAGUACAAUUUUUAACCCCACCCACACCAAUAUAAGAGAAUAGAAUAGGAUUUUUCCGCUUUUCUUUCUUUCUUUUUUUAAGCCCAGAGGGCCAAGUGUUCUCUUCAGUCUCUGGAUUUUCUCUACGGUGGUUUGCUACUGUCAAAAUAUUUGAUAUUUUGUGGAAUUCAGUCAAUAUCUGUUCAUUACGAUGAAGCUGUGCUUGGCCUUGUACCUUUUAUCUUCUUACUUCUGCUCAGUAUCCAUGUUGCAGUGUUUAAAAUGCUACAGUGAAUCUGGUCAGUGUAACACCACAAUUUCAGAAGAGUGUGAACCAGAACACAUAUGUGGUUCUUUGACAUAUAGUCUGUUUGAGCCAGGGCUUAAUGUGAAUACUACUGUACAGAAACUUGAGUGUAUUCGAAGGAACAACAAUGAUCUGUUGAACACAACUGCUACAGAAGUCCUUUUUUACUCAGCAAAUGUUGGACUACUGUAUGGCUCAGUGCUCCUGUCCAGCUGUGAGUUUGAUAAUUGCAACAGAAUCGUGGGACAAUUCAACAGCACGCCAAAUGGUCUGAAAUGUCUGACCUGUGACAGUUAUUCAGACGAAGUCUGCAACUCUAUUUUGUCCUGUGUGGGCUAUCAAGAUCACUGUUUGUCAGUCAUACGUACACACUUCAAUAUAAAUAUAUUUCCAUGGAGAAACAAGAACAUCUUUGGAUGUGCCUCUAAAACUGUUUGUGACAGAGUUACCAAGACUUCCAUUUUCGGUGAAGCCCAAUGUUGUAUAGAUAACUUGUGUAAUAGAGUGUGAAGUCUAUAUCAAGCUGGAGCAGCAAUUUAAUGUUGAUCCUAUUUAAACUCAUCAAAAAUAAUUUGAUCCAUUGCUCUCUUUCCUACAAAACACACACCUUUCUCUUGUGAUGUGAGCAUGUCUUAACUGAAGUUUAUAGCAAUGAAAAUGGCUGGUAAUUCAUUCAAACAAUCCUGGAAGAAUCUACAUCUUAGUUAAAGAAAUAAGUGAAAAUGUAUUUCUGUAAACUCUUACAUACGUUCACUUAACACAUGGCAUUUUUGUAAAAUGUGUCUUUUAUCAUUAAAAUAUUUUCACACCAA